UUUCUUACGUCCCCCAUCUAUGGAAGUGGAUCCUCCCUUUUGUCUCUUCCUCCUCUUCCUCCUCUCGCUGUCGUCGGUGCUGUGCGAAUCUCCUCAAUAUGCCGACGAAAAGACCAUGCGCGCCGUCGAAACCGUCCUCCUCGGCGCCUACGACUCUUCUGCGGGCUCCUUCGAAAAGUCACUCGUCUCGACCAUGCUCGCCGUUCAGUCCUAUCAGCUCCUCAACAAAACUGCUCCUCAUUCCGACUCCAUUUGCUCGUACUCAGCACAAGCACCGACUGAAUCCGCGCUGCAGCUCUACGCGUCCGUCCGCAUAAGGAGCCUUCUUUCCUGCACCGGCGACUACCCCGUAUCCAAAGAGCAAAUCGCCAUGAUCGAAAGCUUCCUCCAAGACCACGAGCGCGGCGCCGACCAGCUCCUCUCCCUCGCCUCUGUCGUCCUCGCUGACCUCCAAGGCGUAAAUCCAGAGCACGUUCGACGCGCCAUCCAAAACCUUCUCCCGCAGAAUCUGUCUUACAACCCUCUUCUAGUUGAAGACUCCGACCUCCGCAGCCCUUAUUAUUUGGGCCUCGCUCUCGAGGUCCUCGACGGAAUCCUCUCCCGCGAGUCCUACCAACUCGAAGCCCUCUCCGACUACGCCCGCGCUUUCAAAACCUCCCUCAGGUCCAUCCUUCUCCGCUCUCUCCGCUGCAACGCGAACAUCUGCUACUACGUCGAAAAAGACCUGUCCAAGCCUCCCCUGUCCUCCACCGCGUCCCUCCUCCGCGGAGUCAGCGCUCUGACAAAAAACCCUUCCUUCUCUUGCGCGCUCUACAGUCUCCAACAACUCCAAAAAAUUUCCGCCAAAUUCCUCUCCAAACAGCUCCGUUCCGUCUCCGACGUCCACUCCGUCAUCUCCGGACUGUCCUCCAUCGCCUCGCCGGCCUUUCCGCCCUUCCCCGUCGCCAAGUUCUCCAGUGACCUCGUUCACGUCAAGGACAAAAACGAACCCCUCUACUUCCAACUCGUCGACCUCUUUGGGCGCCCAAUCGACCCCGCGCUCCUCCGCUCGUGGAAGGUCUAUCUCACCUCCGUUCACCUCCCCUCCUCUCAGACCCUGCGUCAAAACGAAAACCUGACACCUUCCGGCCAAAAAUACCCAUUCAAACCGUUCACGGUUCACGCCCUUCCUGGACCCUAUCACCUCACUCUCUCCAUCUUCUCCGUCUCGGACAACCUCAAGGAAAAGCUCGCGGAAAUCAGACGCACCAUCCACUUCUCCACCAGCGUCAAAAUUUCCGGACUCACCAUUUCCGUUCUCGACCAAAACCUAAAAAAAAAACCCACCUUUCACGUCAACCUCGACUUCAACGACUUCUUCUCUUACCCCAUCGCCCUCCAACCCAACAACGUCCUCUUGGUCAAGUUCAGCCUGCUCGGCGCGCCCGACAACCAAAAAAUCUCUCCCGCUCAAGUCGGACUCCUUAUCACACACGACCACCACGUCUUCUACCACCCCAUCACCGUCAAUCCAAAACAAGCGCAACAGCAAGCCAGGCUCAACGCCUCCAGCGUGUUCCGCUCUCUCUCCGUCACCAAAAACGCCCUCCUCUCCCUCCAACUCUUGGUCGGCGACUCCUUCCUCGACAACAACGUCCGCUGGACCAUGGCCAACCUAAGCGCCUCAAUCGACCCAACCGACACCGCCUCGCCACCCCCUCAACCCUCUCGCCUCCCGGAAAUCCAUUACAAAUAUUCCCCUGCCGUCCAGCCCGUCGUCGACUUCAAGCAAAAACUCUUCGUCGUCCUCGUCUCCCUGCCUCUCUUCGCCCUCGCCGUCUCGCUCAAACUCACCGGACUCGAUCUGGCCUACUUCCCCACGGCGCCCCUCAGCGCCGUCGUCGCGCUCUCCUUCCACCUGCUUCUCGCCGCCGUCUCGUUCGUCCUGUUCGCCUACUCGCCGGACACCUUCUUCAAAAAAUGCAAAUACGUCCUCUAUCUAGCCGCGCCCGUGCUCGCGACCGGAUACGCCACUCUCCGCAACGUCGAAAAAAAGAGACGCCAAUUGUCAAAAAAAUAAAAAUUUUUUUUUUUUUUUUAA